GCAGCAGUCGGUCACACUUCACUUGCAGAAGAAGGGACGUGAAAGCAGGGCAGCAUCAAUGUCUCUCUCUUCGCUCCUCUCUCUUGAAAGUGUAUAUAUACACCUAUACACUCACCGCUCUUCCCACGCUCACACCACGUUCAGAAGUUUAAAUUUUCGCAACCGCCUCCGCCUGAGCAAAUAUCAGAGCAGAACUGUGAUCUUCCACAAUCCAGAGCUGUCAAAUCAUCGCUAUUAUUUAGCCGGUAAAAUCUGUGGAAACAGCUCGAGAUUAUUCCAGAAGAAGAGUUCAAGAAGCCUCAAGUUGCUGGUGCUUGUAAGAACAUGUCAGCCAAGGGAGGAUUUGUAUCUGAAGCGUCUAGUUCGAUGAUGGAGCCGUUGGCUGAUUCGAAAAUGGAUCCUGCACAGUCAGAUGGUGAUGGUGCUGUUAGCUGCAGGAAGUCCAAGGAUAUAGCAGGGAGCAGUGCUCCAAAGACCUGGGAUUCUCACAAUCCUAAUCUUAAAGCUUGGAGCCAUCCAGAUGUAGUUCAGAAGCUAUGUAUGCUUAGUAAUGGAGGAUCAGGAAGUGCUUCUGGCUGUAGGAAAAAGCUAAUUGCUGAUUCCAUGGAUGAUACUAAGGGAAACAAACUCGAUAAUCCUGAUGUUGUCAGCAAGAAUGAUGAUGAUGAUGAUGAUUCGGUGGAUGAUACUGAUGAGGUUGUCAACAAGAGUGAUGAUGAUGAUGACGACGACGACGGUGAUGCUGAUGAUUCCAUGGAUGAUACUGAUGACGAAGAUUUAAGUGAUGACUUUGAUUCAGAUUCGAGCCAAAAAAGCCAUGAAACUCGCAAGAAGUGCAAAUGGUUUAAGAAUUUCUUUGAGAGUUUGGAUGCUUUAAGCUUUGAAGAGGUAAAUAACCGGAAGAGGCCAUGGCACUGCCCUGCUUGCCAGUUCGGUCCAGGAGCUAUUAACUGGUACCAAGGUCUGCAGCCCCUGAUGACACAUGCCAGAACAAAAGGUAGGAAAAGGGUGAAGCUUCAUAGGGAGUUUACAGAGCUCUUGGAAGAGGAGUUGCGCCGGAGGGGAGCACCAGUUAUUCCAGUUGGUGAAGCGUUUGGAAAUUGGAAAGGGUUAAUGGAUGACGAGAAAGACCAUUUGAUAGUCUGGCCUCCAAUGGUUGUCAUCAUGAAUACCAGGCUUGAGCAAGACUUCAGGGGCCAGUGGGUUGGCAUGGGCAAUCAAGAGCUUCGUGACUACUUCAGCUCUUAUGGUCCUUUUAAGCCUCGGCACUCCUAUGGUCCACAGGGGCAUCGGGGAAUAAGCAUUCUGAUUUUUGAGAGCAGCGCUGGUGGUUAUGUAGAAGCUGAGCGUCUCCAUAGACAAUUUGUGGAGCAAGGUUCUGACAGAAGAGCUUGGGAAAGUGGUCGCCGGGUUUUAUUUUGUUCGGGUGGGAAACGUCAACUUUAUGGUUACAUGGCAGUGGAGGAAGACUUGGAGUACUUCGAUCAGCAUUCACACGGAAAAUCUAAGGUGAAGUAUGAUUUGAAAUCAUAUGAAAAGAUGUUCGUGAACCAAAUCAAGCAUAUGACUGAGGCCAAUCAACAACUUAGCUGGUUCAGAAACAAGGCUGCAAAACAAGAAACACGUUCAAAAGCUCUUGAAGAAAUUAUAGUAACUGUUAGUACGAAGCUGCGAAAAACGUUGGAGGAAAACCGUAUUGUGAAACAAAGAUCCAAAGUUCAGCAUGAGCAAAACAAGGAAGAGCUUGAUUUCCAAGAGCAAUUUUUCAAGAACCAAAUCAGCAGUAUCAAUGAAGCUAGGGAUGAAAGAGAAGCGAAUUUUGAGAAGUUGCAGCUAGAGGAGUGUGAGAAGAUUGGAGACGUAGAUGUCAAUCCUUCAAACAUAGAGCAAUACAAACAGAGGGUGGAGGAAAUCGCAAAUCGCAUUCAGUUACAAGGCGAAGUGAUGAAAGACUUUGUUGCAGACAGGGAGAAGCUGAUAAAAGUGCAAGAGGAUAAGAUUGCUGCUACGAAGCGGAGGUACUGGGAGGAAAUGAUGGCGCUCGAAAACGCAUUUGAUGCUGAACUUGCUCAGCUUAGGGGGAAGUAUGCACCACAAAGUAGCGUAGUUGAAGGUUAAGGAUAUAAUAAGGCUUGAAAUAUAUAAAGUAUCAUAUGCGUGGCCUUUGUAUGGAGAUCUAAGGGCACCAUUGCAGUUGCCCUAAUGUAGUAUGGCUUAAAAACUCAAGUGCAGUUAUAAUAUUAUUAUCAGCUUCUUUACUUUAUAUACCUCUUGCCCAUUU